AUGGAUCCACCAGUUGUUCCACUAACCAGGACCCGAUUGACUCGGGACUUUACCUUUGACGACGACGUUCGGGCAAUGUCGACUACGAAACACCAGACUGCAGCAAAUUCACUUGAAGAAACACAGGAUAAAUCAACACCGAGACCCAGUCAUGAAGUAAGAUCGGAGUCGUCCAGGUCUAAUGAUGAGAGGAACAGCGCUCUCAGAAAUAAUGCCACACGAAGCCCACAGCAUAGUAGAGAGUCAUCAGACCUUCGCAGCUUGGAAACGGCAACUCCUAGUGGUCAGCCCGUGGAAAAGGACAACCUCGAAGAGCUUCGCAAACUGGACUUCAACCUCGACUCGAUCGACGAAAAGAGUUCAUACGAACCUUCUAUAAGCACUUUCUCGCGUACUUCUCAUAACACCACUGUCACCGUCUCCUCCUCAACUAAGCUCCCUGACUUCUUUGCACAGGAAGUUUUUCAAAUAGUACUUCACAAUCCCACUACGUCUCACCAGCUCCUGAAGUAUAGUCAAUCACAGCUUUGUGGUGAGAAUUUGGAAUUCCUUGAAAAAGUUGAUAGGUACAACAGUUUGUUGAGCGAAGUCGCAAAGAACAUGUUUGAAAUCCAUCGCAACUAUAUUUCGGUGAAUGCGCUGAACCAAAUCAACAUCUCGGAGAGUGUACUCGUGAAGGUCAACAAGGAUCUCAAGUCUGUCUUGACCACUACUCUUCCAAAGCUUGAAUCUGUGUUCGUCGACUCACAGAAUUCUAUCGAACGACUGGUUGCGGAGGAUAUCUACCCGCGCUUCGUGCGACAUCAAAUGACAAUGAGCGCGGUAAAGGCAUUGGCAGGCGACCGGGGCAAAUAUGCUGGCCUGGGUGAUUGUUUCGUCUUGACGGAUCCUAGCAAAGCAGACAACCCUAUCGUCUACGCAUCUGACGGCUUCGUGAAAGUCACAGGCUAUGCCCGCAAUGAAAUCAUACCUCGAAACUGUCGGUUUUUGCAGGGUCGGGCUACAGAUCCUGCGGCAGUCAAGCGGCUGCGUGAAGCCAUCAGCACAAGAGAAGAGAUCGUGGAGUUACUCCUUAAUCAUAAGAAGACGGGCGAACCUUUCUGGAACCUAUUGUACAUGACCCCUCUCUUUGACGCAACCGGAAAUGUGGUGUUCUUUCUAGGAGGCCAGAUCAAUUGUUCAACAACGAUCCACAGUCAAUCGGACGUGUUACGCAUCCUUGCCAUGUCAAACGACACUGAUGAAAAAGCCGCUGACGGACUAAUAUCGUCCCAGCCACAGAAAACCCCUUCACGCGCAAGCAAAUUCUUAGCGACGUUCAGGAGUAAGAGUGGGACGAUCGAACCGCAUCUUACACCGGGGAUGGAGGAUAAACUCUUGAACAAAAUGGAGAACGAGAAGAUGAAUUUAAGGAGGCAGAUGGAUACCUUCUAUACUGCUUAUUCAAAGUUCCUCGUAAUAAACUACUCGACCUUCUACAUAUCGUUCCAUUCAGCUGGGGUUGCAACAUUGCUCUACCCAGCCCGACCGAUCCCCAACAACUCCGUCUCGCACAUCGUCGGGAUGGAUAUCUUCCGCUGGCUGUCCGUUCACUCUGCGACCAAGCUGAGCAGUGAGUAUAAAUCCCGCGUGCGCACCGCCCUGAAGCUCGGAAACGCCAUCUCCGUCGACCUCACCAUGUGCACGCGGAGAUACAUGGGCUUCGAGAAGUUCGCGACCCAUUGGACGCCCUUGAAGAACGAGGCGGGCGAGCUGGCUUUUGUUAUUCUUACGCUGAGCAGCUUUCAGGAUUGA